AGGUUAUCCUUCAAAAAAACAGUAGAAGAAAUUGUGUAUUUCAACAAAUUUUACGCUUACUUAAGUUUCGAGAAGUAAUAUGGUCAAGGUUAAUAGGCAUGCGCAUUUUAACAUUAACCAUUAAGGAAGCAGAUUUACUAGUGUGUAUUCAACGACGACAUCUUUAAGGCAAACUGGCAUGAAAUAAUUGGAUUUUUCUUAGUUUUCGGAAACAGAAAUGGAGUCGAGUGAAGACGAGAACAAACACGAAUACAUUCCCCUGCUGCUCAAGGAAAAAGAAAUUGAUUCUUUCAAAUAUGCAGACGAUGAUGACGAGGGAACAGAAUUGAAAGGGGAAAAAAAUGCAGACGAUAGUGUUGAGGAAACAGAAAUGAAACAGAAGAAACCUCCAGACGAGGGAACAGAAUUGAAAGAGAAGAAAACUGCAGACGAUAGUAUUGCGAGAACAGAUGAAAAUGAAGCGAAAACUGAACAAAGUACCACACACAAGGUAACACCAAUGCAGUCUGGAGAAAGUCAAACUGAUACUGAAAUCUAUAGAACAAUUUUAAAACAAAUGGAUAAGAUGUAUACGGAUUGUAUGGAUGUUGAUUUUCCGGAUGGGAAAAGGCUGAUUCAGAAGCUUAGUGAUGGUAGCAUACCAGCAAAUCACAUCAAGCAAAUAUCAGGACACAAGAACGUGAACAGCAUUAACAAUUACAGCAAACUAAACAAUGUUCAAAACCGCCAGAUAUCUGACAUUCUGUCAAAUAAAUCAACAAAAUCUUCCUCCACCGUUGUCUGCAACCCUGACCAUGCAUCUACUUCAGGUCCAGUUGGUAUCAACUGUAUCCCCCAGGUUUUUUUUUCAUUAAUUCAAAUAUUCAUGGCAAUGUGAUCAUUAAUAUGGGCAGAAGGACUGAAACUCAACAACUGUCACAAACAAAUAACCUUCAAAUAUCCUGCACUCAAGAUGGACCUUCAAGCCAAGGAUCACCAGCUCUUGAUUUUCCUCGUCAGAGGCCAUUUAAAAGAAUCAGGUGUAUUUCUGAUAGCAACAGCGAGUAAACCUACUUGUUUGACGAACAAGUUAAUAUAUGCAAAAACUUUGUUCCGGAAUAGUUGUAUUUUUCAAAACAUUGCAUUAUUUUUUUCCAUAUCCACAGAAGUUGUUUAUUUUUUUUUCACCAGAUCUUUCAUUUGUUUACAAAUGAAAUGAAUGAAAUCGAAAUUUAUUAUACAAUUUUUGUCAAAAUUAUUUAAAUUUCACAAAUAUCAGAGAUCAAUAUUGGAUAUAUUUUUAUUACUUUUUUGUACAGAGGGGAGGUGCAGAUUAGAUUGUUGAAGUAGUUUUCGACGUUCUUUCAUUUUUUACAUUUUUAUGAAAUACAUUCAAAUUGUUGUACAGUUUUAUCAAGAGUUCUUUAAUUUUCACAGAUGAAAAUUUAAAUAGACUUUCAUCUUUACAAAAUGAUGACGUUAAUUAAAGUUUGUUCUGUUUUAACGGGUUCUUUCAUUUUCAGUCAUCUUGUUGAAUUUUGAAGUUGUUGCUUCAUUUAAACUAACUAGAAUAUCAAAUAGAAUAAAAAAUUGUUGUAACUUCAACAAUCUUUUUAACUGUUAGAGUAUUAAAACUGAAAUUGUUUCAAAUGUUUCAGUAUUUAUUUCUGCUUGUAAAAAGUAGUUACAUUCCCUGGAAGGUUUAAAAGUGGUACUUGUGUCAUAUGGGAGGGUACGACUACAGUUGACCUCCGGAUUAAACAGCCGACACUAUAACUACUAGACAACCUGUCCAAUGAUUUCAACUGUUUAAAACAGUGAAGUUUAUAAUACUGCUCCCCUUCAUGCCACUGUUUGAAACAGUGUAAGUUAUAAUACAGCUCCUCUUUCAUGCCACUGUCAAAAUCAGUGCUUUAAAAUACCACCACUUCACACCACUGUUUGAAACAGCGAAUGUUAUAAUACCGCUGUCCCUGAGGAAACUGUUAAAAUCAGUGAGUUACAAAUACCAUUCCCCUUCACGUCUAAAACAGUGAAAAGUUACAGUGUUACAUUUGCAGACAAAUACUUUCUACUCAGUACUGUACUCCCAUAGAAUAUGCUCUUUAAAUUACUAAGAGCAUAUUGAAUAAUAUGGCACUGUACUUGACAAGCAACUGUGCUGUACAGGGCAUUACCUUAUUAAGCAAUUUUUACAAAUAAAUCAGAUGUCCAUGAAAAUGUGCAUAGCCUAAAGUACAAAUCUGCACCAGUGGUUACCAAUUUAUUAAAAUCAUAUGUAUAUACUUAUUAUAAAAGUAUAAAAUACUCACAAAUUAGCCACAACCACGACUCUUGUCCCAGCAGUACACAUUAAAUCCACUUCAAGAAUUAAGAACAUUUUACAACUUAAUAUGAAGAAUCUUACUUUCACAUUUUUGGUUGCAAUUUUUUAAAAAAAAUAUUGCUCUUAAAAAGCCUAUAUCAUUAAAUUCUUCUUAAAUAACGUAGUAAGAUCAUUAUAAGCAUUUAUCUCUUUAAUUCCUCACGUGUAAUCCCCUUAUGAAUAAAUGGUUAUCCCGUUACGAAUAAAUGGUCAAGCAACCACAUGUGUCUACUUCAAUUACACUUUGAAUGACACUAUCUGACCUAUUUUUAACCUUGUAAUGAUGUUUGAAUAUCUAUAAAUAGUUUCCUCAAUUAGAACAAUGUCAAUGUGUUGCCCUCGUAUUUGCGUGACUAUAUGUAGUAUUUUUGUGAAAUCUUGUAUUUAUCUAAUGUUUUUGUAUGACUGUAUACAAACUGAGAACUUAUUGAAUAAACCUGAAACUUGAAAAGUAGAAUACUGCUCUCCUUUAUGCAACUGUUUGAAACAGUAAAACGUAAAACAAACCACUCACCUUAAUGCUGCUGUUUGACCCAGUGAAACACAACUCCCCUUACUUUAUGUGCCACUGUUUCAAACGGUGAAAGAUAUUCAUA